GCUGUUUCCAGUAUUCGUGUGUGCAUCUGAAAGGGGAAUAUCGCCUAAACGGUUUUUAACCUCUUGUGGGCAAAACGGUCCGUUACAACAUGUUAGAGAGGUAAGAAGGGAUUCUAAUGAGGGCAGUGUAGCAGAGACCAAGAUAGGUUGGAAGACAGAGACGGUAUUACAUGUGAAGGUCAAGCGGCAGGUAGUGAGGUGUGAAAGACUAAGGAUCAAACCUCAGUAGGGGUGAACUUAUUCAUCUCACAAUGUAAUCUGAUUUGAGCAGAGCCUUCUGCCCCUUCUGUUUGUCUUUCCGUUUAUUGUACAGCGCUGUGGACUUUGUUGAUUUUUUUUUGGAUUAAUAAUAGUUAUUGCUAGCCGUUUGUUGGGCUUCGAUUAUAUGUUCAUGUAUUAUGUACCCUGCUACAGUGUAAGGCCUACUGCUGGGGCAAUCAGUAAGCUGCUGUCCUGCUACGGUGUAAGGCCUACUGCUGGGGCAAUCGGUAAGCUGCUGUCCUGCUACGGUGUAAGGCCUACUGCUGGGGCAAUCAGUAAGCUGCUGUCCUGCUAUAGUGUGAGACCUACUGCUGGGGCAAUCAGUAAGCUGCUGUCCUGCUAUAGUGUGAGGCCUACUGCUGGGGCAAUCAGUAAGCUGCUAUAGUGUGAGGCCUACUGCUGGGGCAAUCAGUAAGCUGCUGUCCUGCUACAGUGUGAGGCUUACUGCUGGGGCAAUCAGUAAGCUGCUAUAGUGUGAGGCCUACUGCUGGGGCAAUCAGUAAGCUGCUAUAGUGUAAGGCCUACUGCUGGGGCAAUCAGUAAGCUGCUGUCCUGCUAUCGUGUGAGGCCUACUGCUGGGGCAAUCAGUAAGCUGCUAUAGUGUGAGGCUUACUGCUGGGGCUUUCAGUAAGCUGCUAUAGUGUGAGGCAUACUGCUGGGGCAAUCAGUAAGCUGCUGUCCUGCUAUCGUGUGAGGCCUACUGCUGGGGAAAUCAGUAAGCUGCUAUAGUGUGAGGCUUACUGCUGGGGCAUUCAGUAAGCUGUUAUAGUGUGAGGCUUACUGCUGGGGCAAUCAGUAAGCUGCUGUCCUGCUAUCGUGUGAGGCCUUCUGCUGGGGCAAUCAGUAAGCUGCUGUCCUGCUAUAGUGUGAGGCCUUCUGCUGGGGCAAUCAGUAAGCUGCUGUCCUGCUAUAGUGUGAGGCCUUCUGCUGGGGCAAUCAGUAAGCUGCUAUAGUGCUGGGGCAAUCAGUAAGCUGCUGUCCUGCUAUCGUGUGAGGCCUUCUGCUGGGGCAAUCAGUAAGCUGCUGUCCUGCUACGGUGUGAGACCUACUGAGUCUCAGCCGGGGGAGGUGUGGCUAGGGCUGCAUAAACAAAGUUAUCUGACUCUUAAAUGUCAGAGAAUUGAGCAGCGACACUGCAGAGGCAUAAUCUAUACAACAAGACUGCUUCAGCGAACAGCUGCCUGAGAACAGAGGCGGGCAGUUGACUCACGGAAGGCUGAGGCAGGCAGGCGACCGACAGAGGGAGGGGAGCUAAGGGAGGUGGGGAGCUGGCUGGCUAAUGGAGAGCUCAGGGAGGGGGCCGGGCAGCUCAUGGAUUGCUAAGUGGUGGGAUAUGGGCGGUCGACUUAGUGCGAUGCCGAGGGAUGGAGUUUGUAGCGGAACGCUGGUCUCUCACAGACUAUUUCCGCUGGUAGUCCAGAUGUGGCUCAGGAACAAGCAAUAAUCCCAGGCACAGUACCCACAGUGAGAGAAUAAUCCAGCAGCAUAACAAGCACAAUCCGCAAUAAAAUCCAAUAGUAUCCGUAGCGGAGCGGCAAUAUUAAAUUCCACGAUCUCCGCUGGUACAGAAGGUAAUCCAAAGUAAAGUGCUGAAAAUGAAGGCAAUAUCCCAAAUCCCCCAGUAACCGGACGAGACACAGUUCUGGGAGUCAACUGAAGUUUUUAUUCACAGGUCACAGUAUUUAUGCGAGUCCCCAUGCAAGGGGUUUCCUUACUGACAUUGCAGGGGUUGUACAGUAGGGGACUACAUGGGGGACUUAGCAAUCUGGACCUUUCUCCCAUCAGGCACUGCUGCACGAGAGGGAUACUCCCCCUGGAAUAUACCGUUAAGUGGAUUAUCCUUCCGUGCAGCAGAACCGACAUUUUACAUCAAAAUGCAUAACUUUGCCAUCUCUCACUUUAUUUAAACGAAUGGAUGUUCGGUAGUUAGCUGGGGUCUGAGCGCACAUUUCGUGAGAAUACCGCUCAGAUCCCAGCAUAAAUAACCGAACGCCGCACGAAAUACACUUUAAGAUUGUGUUCACCUAAAAGUAUCGAACACCGAUGGGGAACCAGAAUAGUGAAAGACCGGAGCUCCCGACUGGCCUGGAAGCCCAGCGGUGUUCGCGCCGUCGAGUAGCCGAUUUCAGCUCCACGCGCUCGAAACCAAACACCGCUGGUGAAACAAAGGAUCCAAGAUGGCCGACCGCCGCGUGGUCGGUAGCCGUAUGACGGCCACCUAGGAAAGCCCUUAACUACCGAUUGCAGUAAUGUUGCAAUCGAUUAAUGGGUGCCACACGACCCUCUGUGUGUGGGCUACUGGGGGGUAGCUCAUUCGUUUCACGAACAGACUGUAAAGUCUCUCUGUUCGUGAAACGAAAUACAUGAAUGCUAGCGGCUUUCGGCUGCUAGCAUACGAAUGCUCUAAAACAUAUCGGCACAGGCAGACAUUACAAUAUACAAUCCAGCGGUUAUUACAGACAACCUUUUGCAAAUAUAGUCGAGUAACCUAAAAGUGGCUAGGUUUGCCACAAUGCUCCCCCAGAACCAAGCCGGCAUACACAGUCUGGUCCCAACGGAUCGGCUUGGGGAUGUCCGAAGAUCACUUUUCAAGUUCAGUUUGUCUUGAUAACCCGUCGGCGUUACCGUUUUGUUUCCCUGGGCGGUAAUGAAUGGUAAAGUCAAAAGGCUGCACCAACGGGUUGCGGGGUGAGCAAGGAAAAAGGUUGUCCAUAUAGAUACGGCUGUAACUUUUUGAGGGCCAGGCAUUCCCUCUCGAUGGCGGCGUAGCUCACUUCCCCUGGUAAGUUUCCGGCUCAGAUACGCUACAGGAUGUUCUCCGCCAUCUGCUCCAACUUGGCUCAGCACUGCUCCCAAUCCAAACAUUGAAGCGUCUGUGUGGACAAGAAAUCGUUUAGUUGGCUCAGGAGCAGCAAGUACAGGUGCAUUAGUGAGAGCCGUCUUGAGUUGGUUAAAUGCCUGAUCACACUCUGGGGCCCAGAUGACCUGUCAAGGAAGGUUUUUGCGGGUCAAGUCAGUCAAGGGUUUGGCUAGGGCACUGUAAUUAGGUACAAACUUCCGGUAGUAUCCUGCGGUACCCAGGAAGGCUAACACUUGGGUUUUUGUCCUAGUGAUAGGCCACUUCGCCACGGCUUCAGUCUUUGCUGGUUCGGGCUUUUGUUGCCUGCUCCCCACCCGGUGUCCCAAGUACUGCACCUCUUCCAUCCCUAUAUGACACUUGCUAGGCUUCAGCGUCAACCCUGCCUCCCCGAUACGGUCAAUAACGGCUCCAAUAUGUUGCAGAUGCUCUGCCCAUGUCUGGCUACAUAUGGCGAUAUCCUCCAGGUAUGCACACGCAUAUUCCUGGAACCCGUCCAGUAGCCAAUCUACCAUCCUCUGAAAGGUCGCCGGGGUGUUUUUCAUCCCGAAUGGCAUGACUCGAAAUUGGUACAGGCCAAACGGGGUGACAAACGCCGACUUGGGGAUGGCAUCCUCGGCUAGUGGAAUUUGCCAGUACCCUUUACACAAAUCAAUGGUAGGGAGAUACUGGCCUCGUGCCAUCUUGUCCAGCAGCUCAUCUAUCCGGGGCAUCGGGUAGGCAUCAGACAGUUUUGUCAUUUAGCCUCUGGUAGUCUACACAAAACCGUGUCGUGCUGUCCUUCUUCGGUACUAGCACUACCGGCGAUGCCCAGGGGCUAUCGGAAUGUUCAAUAACCCCUAGCUGCAACAUUUCCUCAAUCUCUUUCCUCAUAUGUUCCCUGACUGCUUCAGGGAUACGAUAUGGGGUCUGCCGCAUAGGUAGCUGUCUGGGGGUCUCAACUCGGUGUGUGGCCAGUGGAGUGUACCCAGGUAAAUUGGAGAAAGUGGCUCCUUUAGCCGCGAUCAACUCUUGUACUUAGGCCUGCUCCUGAGGGCUUAGCCGCUCCCCCCAGCUGAACACCUGUGGAGGGCUCUGCCUGCUCGUCCUGUUCUAAUAGGUCAGGUAGCGGCAGGUUCUCCUGAUCUUCAGAGGCUGAGGCGCAUAUCGCUGCCACAUCCUCUAUCCUCUCAUGAUAGGGUUUGAGCAUAUUCACGUGGAGCAUGCGUCUCUUCCCUACCCCUGAGCAGGGGCAAAUCACAUAGGUGGUGUCACAUCUCUGUUCCACCACCUGAUAUGGGCCUUGCCAGAUGGCCUGCAGCUUAUCUGUGCGGACAGGUUUUAAAAUCAAAACCUUCUGUGUUGAGCGGCUGCCCUUGGUGCUGGGUUUGGCUGUACUUGGUUCCACGCUUGCCGGCUCCGGUUCUGAGUGCACUCCCUUGCCAUGUGGCCCCAUUGCCUGCAUGUAUGGCAUUGGAUAUUGGCCCUGCCAUUAUAUCGGGAGGGUGGACCCCCGGGGUUGGUCGAAAGGGGGUUGCUGUAGGGGUAGCUGUACUUGGUUGAGCGGUGGGUCGAGGGUAAGCUCUGUUUAGGUGCCCAUGAUGUCUCCUCGCAUCAAAAUGUUGGUCAGCUAGUCAUGCCGCUUCGGCUAGGGUGAGGGGUUUGCGGUCUCUCACCCAUUCUUGUGCCUCUGGAGACAAGCCAUUAAAGAAUUUUCAGCAGCAUCAAUUGUCGUAACUCUUCCAUAGUGGUUGUGGCGAAACCAAUCUCGCCACUGUACACUGGAGAAGCCUGGUUGCUCGCCUGCUCCCUUUAGACUAUGGCCCUGCAGUUCAGACCUGUUAUUUUCCCUGCUGAAUGGUUUAUUCAUGCCUUUCUGCUAGGGUGUUCAGUAGAUUCAAUCUACCGAACAAACUACCGAACGACGGACCACCUGGGAACCGGAGUGUGCCGUCAAUUGACCGCCCAGAAGCUGCGGUUAACCGCAGCUUAAUUGAUGAACGCUGGGAGGCCGUUGUUCGGUUGCCGAACUCGUGGCAACGGCCAUUUUACCUCCCGAACGGGCAGCAGUGUUCCACGCCUAAACUAUGGAACUGAAAACGGAUACUUAAUUGCGCAAACACCGCUGAGUUGCCUGCCUCCUUCCCUUCCCAUUCGAGAGCGGAACCGAAUGACUGUUCAUUCGGUAGUUUAACCGGAUGAACAGCAUCACCCAGAUAGCUAAGCCAUGGAGUCUGUUCAUGUAACGAAAAGACUAUGUGAUGGACUUUGGCUCCAUGGUGAUCGAACUGUAUGUAUGUGAUCUGAGUGCCAUUCGGUAAUAAUGUGCGCUCAGAUCUGAGUUAUCUGGGGAUAUGUAGAACGUAUAUGUUUUAUGUACUGAAUGUAACUGUAGGUAAUUUUAUGUCUUUUACUGUUUGUUUUCUGCCAUGUGGUUAAUGGAGUUUUGCCUCUGUCUUUGGAGAUAAUUGAAUUACUUCCCAAUUAUCUCCAGAGCAGAGAGGAGGGAUUGUGAUGCAUUGUGGGAUGGUUGAAAUGUGUAAGUCUGUGAUUGGUCCUUUUACCCUUUGUGUCCCAGUCUCCCAUUUGGUCCCCUAGGGGAGUGUCCACCAGGUGGGAGACCUGCAUAAAAGCCGGGCAGUUAGCCCCAGUAAAUCAGUUCCUGCUUAACCCUCAAAGUGAAGUGUCGUCUCAUUAUUGGGGGAGGAUUUACUGUAUGCUGCUAGAGACUGAUUGCCAGGAGUGUAAGCCGCUUGGGGGCUUUUCCUGUUCGUCUGCUAGCAGCUAUUCGUGUGUCUCCAGUUCGGGAGUUUCGAGUAUUCCCUUGGUAUGUAGUUCGGGAGUUGGUGAAUUCGUGGGUUUGCAGUUCAGGAGAUUGGUGCUUGCAGUAGCUGUCGGUGCAGCUGAAAAAGGGGAAUAUCGCCUAAACGGUUUUUAACCUCUUUUGGGCAAAACGGUCCGUUAUAGUGGUUGCUUGGCUCGCUUGUAUCCACCCCUGGGAUGCUUGAUCCAGCUUUUGGGCCCACUCGGCAUGAGUCUUUCUCAGGUUUGCGCAAUCCUCUAAACUUGCGCUGGUAUGCCUCCGGGGUAAUGGCAUAUCGUUCUAGUAUGGCCCGCUUGACUUUGCCAUAAUCCUUGCUGUCUUACCUGGGUACCGCCCGAUAGGCUUCUGCUGCCCGACCUGACAGUUUGCCUGCUAGUAACGGUACCCAUACUGCCUGCUCCAAGUCAUGUAAAUCACACAGCCUCUUAAAAUCUUGCAAAUACCCAUCAAUCUCAUCCUUCUCUUCACAAAACAUCUUAAAAGCAUGGUAUGGGAUCUUGGGUUUUACCUGGCUGUAGACUGAGGCAGUAAUGGAUUCUGCUCUGGACGGUGUGCCAUCACAUACUCCUGCACAUCCGCCAUCAGCACGGUCAAUAUUUCCAGGGGUACUGGCUGCGGUAUAAACUCCUUCCUGGUUCUCAUUUCCUUUUGGUAGAGGGUUUCUUCCAUGGCUGGUGGGGGUGUAACGUUGCGGGUUCUGUCUCCCUCCAUCAAUUCAGCAAUCAGCACAGCUUUCGGCUUAUUGCUGGCUAUCUUACCCCUGGCUUCCAGCAGCUCCUUUAACAUCUGCCUUUUUAAUGCAGUGUAAUCCGUCUCCAUUCACUUUUGUGUUCGGUUCUCUGCUGCAUCCGAAUUGCCAUUCACUUUUCCCGUUCGGUAGUUUCAAUUUAUCCGAGCACCGCGUUUCAGCUGUAAGGUUAGAUCCCGUCGCUUGGCACCAAUUGUAGCGGAGCUGCAAUAUUAAAUUCCACGAUCUCCGCUGGUACAGAAGGUAAUCCAAAGUAAAGUGCUGAAAAGUAAGGCAAUAUCCCAAAUCCCCCAGUAACCGGACGAAACACAGUUCUGGGAGUCAACUGAAGUUUUUAUUCACAGGUCACAGUAUUUAUGCAAGUCCCCAUGCAAGGGGUUUCCUUACUGACAUUGCAGGGGUUGUACAGUAGGGGACUACAUAGGGGACUUAACAAUCUGGACCUUUCUCCUAUCAGGCACUGCUGCACGAAAGGGAUACUCCCACUGGAAUAUACCGUUAAGUGGAUUAUCUCUCCCCUGAUAGCCCUGAUCUGGGUGAAUAACAUAUUCAAGAUCGGACCAGGGGUUUGGGAGUUAUGGGGGUUUAAAGUUUUGACCGACCGCACAGGCAACAGUAGCCAUAGAAAUAGUUCCAUAAGUUUUGGCCUUGCGGUCGGUCUCCGUGGAAUAAAAGUCAGAAACAGUUUGUUAUCCAUGGUUAUAUUGGUGUUCGUGUGAAUCCCCAUGUUUGCAUUAGUCUUUCUACCGAACGGCGGCUCGUUCGGUAGUUUUGGCAUGAAUUUAUGCAAGUCUGGAGGUCUCAGCGGUGUUUGCCUAGUCGAGUGUCCGAUUUUAGUUCCAGACACUCGACGGCAAAACACCGCUGUUCGGGAGAUUAAGAUGGGCGCCGCCACGUGUAAAACUCCCGAAAUGGAGGCCACCCAGGAACUUAACAGUGCGUUUGUGAGUUUCCACUUAAGAGGUAAUCAAACGAAUUGAGAGGUUAAUUGAAGCCACACUUUGUUUCAAGGUGGUCUGGUGUUCGGUAGAUUUAGUUUGUAUGACAAAUGCAAUGGGUCAAUAUAGUUUUAUGGGGACAAUCAAACGAAUGCUUCGUACACUGAAGAUAUAUGUAGCAGCAAAGUACCGAAAGCAUUUUAAACACCUAGUUUUGCAGGCAGCUCAAUGUCCUUUGCUGCAUAAGUUAUAUAGUCCAAAGUCUCUGCAAUAUUAUAGUAUAUGUCCUUGGCUGGUUCUUAAAGGGCCAGUAGUGCCAUACAAAAUCCCAUUAAGCCCAGCCAUGGUGUUUAAAGGGUCCCAUCUUCCCGGGACCAUAAUCACUGGGCAGGCGGCGAGCAAGCAGCCCCCUCCAGGAAACCGGGGCAGACUCUUGUACAGGGGCUAACCCGCUACAGAGUUGUAAUGUCCUUAUGCCGGGAGCCGGGUUAUGACGUCACUCUUCCCCCGGCUCACUAAACAGUGUGCAAGAGGGAGCAGAGCAGGGAGAUUACAGCAGCCCCACUGGACCCCAAGGAAAGCUUAUCCACUCCAGCUCUCCUAAGGUAGAGAGGCUGGGUGGAUUUAAAUAAAAUUUAAAAAAGUAAUUAUUUGUGAGUCAGUAUGUCUUGGAGUGUUUGUGUCUGGGAGUGUGUGUGUGUCUGCCAGUGAGUGUGUGUUACCUCCAAUCACAUGGGAAAGGUGUUUUUACCCACUUUUUUCCCCAUGCUGUGCUGGUGAUGCCGCAGCUGGCCCCUACCCAUAUCCAUGGCUGAGAACAUUGAUCUCAGCCAAUCCAAUGCUUCCCCAUAGAGAAGCAAUGGGAGACUAUUGCACAUGUGUAGCGGAGCCGCAAUAUUAAAUCCCACGAUCUCCGCUGGUACAGAAGGUAAUCCACAGUCAGCGCUGAAAAUUAAGGCAAUAUCUCAAAUCCCCCAGUAACCGGACGAGACACAGUUCUGGGAGUCAACUGAGGUUUUUAUUCACAGCAUCCAAUAUUUAUGCAAGUCCCCAUGCAAGGGGUUUCCAUACUGACAUAGCAGGGGUAAUAAAGUAGGGGACUACAUGGGGACUUAACCUUCCGAACUUUUCUCCCAUCAGGCACUGCUGCACGAGAGGGACACUCCCACUAAAAUAUACCGUUAAUUGGAUUAUCCCUCCAUGCAGCAGAACCGUCAAUUCACUUUAAAAUCUAUAACUUUUACAAUACUUAGUCCAUUUAAACGAACGGACGUUCGGUAGAUAGCUGGGGUCUGAGUGCACAGUUCGUGAGAAUACCGCUCAGAUCCCAGCUAAAACAACCGAACGCCGCACGAAAUACACUUUGCCAUUGAGUUCGCCCCAAAGUACCGAACACCGAUGGGGGAACCCUAAUAGCGAAAGACCAGAGCUCCCGAACGGCCUGGAAGUCCAGUGGUGUUCGCGCCGUCGAGUAGCCGUUCCACGCGCUCGACAACCAAACACCGCUGGUGAGACAAAGGAUCCAAGAUGGCCGACCGCCGCAUGGUCGGUAGCCGAACGACGGCCACCUAGGAAAGCCUCUAAUUACCGAUUGCAACAUUGUCGCAAUCGGUUAACGAGCGCCACACGUCCCUCUUUGUGUGGGCUAUUAGGGGGUAGCUCAUUCGGUUCACGAACAGCCUGUAAAGUGGCUGUUCGUGAAACGAAACACAUGAAUGCUAGCGGCUUUCGGCUGCUAGCAUAUGAAUUCAAUACAAACAUACAUUAACAUACAGUGUACAGUCAGGUUAUACAAGAAGUUGCAGGGAUAAUGCAGGCAACCUUUUUAUGCACAUCGUCCAGAUUAUUAUAAGUGGCUAGGUUUGCCACAACAUGUGUGGCAAAACACCACUGUGCCAAUUUAACUUCUCAUAGAGAUGCAUUGAAUCAAUGCAUUCUUGUAGGGAACAUUAACGUAGGUGCUGCACAUUGUGAAGCACUGACCCAAGAAGCACCUCUAGAGGCCGUCUGAGUGACUGUCGCUAGAGUUGUCACCAGGCAGCAAUGUAAAUGCUGCCUUUUGUCUCACAUUGAAAAGCAUUCAGGGACAGGAUAGACUUCAGAACAACUACAUUAAGCUGUAUGCCGUACGUCAAGCUGCAGUGGUUCUGGUGACUAUAGUGUCCCUUUAAGAAUUGUAUUUUUGUCGUUGAUUUUGCUGGCUCCUAGAUUCCAAGCCCUGCUUUAAAUUCUGAAUGCCGAUAUAGAUCUAAUUUUGAAGACUUGAAAGAGAUGUUUUGAUGUGUCCCUUGCUGUCGUUGCAGAAUCUGUCUGUAUUCCUGAGCUUGAAAGCUGCUUGUUCACCUUAGGGGCUCCGUUGGUCAGGGCAGGCAUGUCGUGGCCCCAGGUUUUGCUCUAUCAUUCACCAAGCCCGUGUGGAAGCAUAUCGGAAAGAAGCCACGUUCAAAGCAGAAGCUGGAGAUAUUAAGACGUAGUGAAGGUAUAUACAGAUUGCUGGCAGACAGAAACCUCUUUACACAAGGCAGGUGAGUUCAUCAGAGUUCUGUCACUUGGAAGCAAGGCUGGACAGUGUAUGAAACCAGAGCUGGCAGUGAACCGGUACAAUCGCUGGCAUUUUGAUAUAAAGCAGGAAGUGUCUCCGCAAUAGAGCAAUCACAAAUCUGUUAGUAGGGUGUAAAGAGGGAGGGUUACAAUUUGUGUACACACAGUGAUUGUAAUAUGCCCACGCUGAGCUUUACCUGAAUGUGUUGGGAGCCAUGCUGUGUUAUCGUUAACGGAGGCAUUUCCAUUGUUGAAAGUUCUUUAAUACAUUUACUUGGGACUAUAUUUCACCAAUAAUUAGACACUGAAAUUCCCAAUGCUUAGUAUGAAACGUGUCCACUUCCAUCUUUUCAGUGUACCAUAACCACUACAGCCAGCAAUAGAAUAAAAAUAAGGCACUCCAAUAAAGCUCCCACAUUUUGGUUCCUGUUCUGACCCCCUAAAAGAUAAAUAUAGAAUCUUUAGCCAUUAACAUUGAUUUAAUGGUGAUUUAUUCAGCUGUGCGAAGAAAAUGUUUUGAUACACAAGGUGCCUUUAUCAGUUUAAUAAACAUUGCCUUCUUGCAUUUCAUAAAUGAAUAAACCACCAUUACAACACUUUUCCCUGUUCUGAGGAUUCUGUCACUUUUUAGCGUAGGGAUUAUGGUGUCAGGAGUGCCCUGUUUCUUUCCCAGAGCAAUUUGUCAAACCGUAUUCAGAACACUCAGCCAUUGAGAGUGGCCCUUCUUCUAUCGAUGGGACUAACCGGAUUCUCCUGCAAAGAGAGUGUGAAAACCGUGUGGGCGACGCAGGUAAGUUGCCCAACAUUUCUCAAGCGGUUUGACAAAUCAGUCUAGGAGGGUGCCAAGGCACUCCUGACACCAUAACCACUACAGCAGGCUUUGAAUGAUGCCAUAUAUUGGAGAAUUAAUAGAGAUCUAACCGCUCUACGAAGGGUUUCAUGGAAAGAUUUCUCUUUCACUCUGCUUCAGAGCCUAAACAUUGAUUGAUAUAUAUAUGUAUAUGUAUGUAUGUAGUGUAUUCACACCACUUCAUUUUUUCUAAUUUUUAUAUGUUGCGGUUUUAUGCUACAAUCGUUGUUUUUUUGUUUCUCACACCAAUCUACAUUCAAUACCCGAUAAUGACAAAACAAAAUACUGAUUUUAACACCAUUGUAAAUAUAUUAAACAGAAAAGACUGAACUAUCACACUAAUAUAAAUAUUCAGUAACCCAGGACUUGGUUGAAGCACCUUUGGCAGCGAUUUCACCCUCAAGUGUUGUUAGGUUUGAUGUGACAAGCUUUGCACACCUGGAUUUGGGUAGAUUCCGUCAUUCAUCCCUGCGAGUUCUCUCAAGUCCUGUCAGGUUGGAUAGGGGCCGUCAGUGGACAGCCAUUUCCGGGUCCCUCCAGAGAGAUUCUAUAGGGUUCGAUCCCUAAUUCACUCUUGCAUUGGCUUCUUGGAAGGGCAAUCUUCAGCCCAGUCUGAGGUGCUGUGUGGUGUGGACCAGAUGUAUUUCGCUGCAUUCAGCCUUACCUGAACUGUGACCAGUCUCCUAGUCUCUGCAGCUGGAAGUCACCCCCAAAGCAUGAGGCUGCCACCAUUGUGCUUCUGUCAGGAUUACUAGUUGAUCCAGCACGUAGAAUUGUCACACAGAUGACUAAUAGAUAAUGUAUUACCAGGCCUUAGAAUGCCCGGACUUAACGUACAAAAGAAUAGUCAGAAUACUUGCCGAGGUCAGGGGAUACAGAAUGAGACACAACGAUAAGAGAAAGCCAGAAGUCAGGGAUACAGAAUACAGGGAAGUCAAAGCCAAAGUCAAAAACCAGAAGAAACUUGAAUCAGGAACGUGCUCUCGGACAACCACAAGGGAAACCACGACAGGGCACUGAGCAGGAUGAGAACUGGACCUAAAUACCCUUCCUCUAGAUCUGAUAGGCUGCAACCGGCCUUUGUGCCUGGUUUCCUCCAGACAUGAUGCUUUGAAUAGAGGCCAAAAUGUUAAAUCUUCAUUUUCAUCAGACCAGAGAAUCUCUGGGAUACAAUUUGAGUCCUUUAAUUGAUUUGUUUUAUUUUUUAAUUCCAAGUGGGUGUUCAUGAGUCUAGUCAUACCUCUGUAAAGGCCAGAUCAGUGGAGUGUUGUAGUGAUAGUUGUCCUCCACGUUUCUCCCAUCUGUCACUCAAUCUCUGGAGCUCAGCUAGAGUGACCGUUACCACAGACCUUCUCCCACAAUGGCUCAGUUUGGCCGGGGCGGCCAGCUCUAGUAAGAGUCCUUGUGUUUCCAAACUUCUUCAAUUGAAGAAUUAUGGUGGCCACUGUGCUCUUGGGAACCUUUAAUGCAGAUGAAAUUAUUUAUAUAAUAUAGAGGGUGAGAUCCUGUCUCUGAGCUCUGCCGGCAGGUCCUUUGACUUAAUGGUUUGGGGUUUGCUGUGAUCCUCAUUUACGGCAGUGAGACUGUAUAUAGACAGAUGUGCCUUUCCAAAUCACAUCCAAUGACAGGCAACGUGUAGGAACAUCUCAAAGAUGAUCCAGAGAGAAAGGAUGUAUCUGAGAUAAAUCUCAUGAGUCCUAGCAAAGGGUCUGAAUACUUUUGUCAAUGUGAUAUAAAUGUUAUACGUUUUGAAAAGUCUGGUUUAUGCUUUCAUUAUGAGAUAUUGUGUGUAGAUUGAUGUGGAAAAAAUGAAGGGGUCUGAAUGCUUUAUUUAAGCAAAUACUAAAUAAAUAGACAUUAACAGUUGUUACAGGGUUUAUUUGACUGAUAUUGAGACGUCAUUCUUUUCAGAUUCCAAUUUCAGGUAGUGUGGGUUAUAUAGGAGGUGUGAGGAGCUGCAGUGAGUCCGCUGCUCAGGUAGUGUGGGUUAUAUAGGAGGUGUGAGGAGCUGCAGUGAGUCUGCUGCUCAGGUAGUGUGGGUUAUAUAGGAGGUGUGAGGAGCUGCAGUGAGUCCGCUGCUCAGGUAGUGUGGGUUAUAUAGGAGGUGUGAGGAGCUGCAGUGAGUCUGCUGCUCAGGUAGUGUGGGUUAUAUAGGAGGUGUGAGGAGCUGCAGUGAGUCCGCUGCUCAGGUAGUGUGGGUUAUAUAGGAGGUGUGAGGAGCUGCAGUGAGUCUGCUGCUCAGGUAGUGUGGGUUAUAGGAGGUGUGGGGAGCUGCAGUGAGUCUGCUGCUCAGGUAGUGUGUGUUAUAGGAGGUGUGGGGAGCUGCAGUGAGUCCGCUGCUCAGGUAGUGUGAGUUAUGGGAGGUGUGGGGAGCUGCUCAGGUAGUGUGUGUGUUACCGGUAUGGGCAGCUGCAGUCUUAUUGAAGGACAAUGAUGCAAUGCAAGGUUACUGUGCUGGCUUGUGAUAGUGCUAGAGGCCCAAUGGGACAGUGCUGAGUAUCUUUACGGAGUCCCAUCUGAGCAGAAAAACAUUUAUCCUGUCAUUGUCUUUUCAGCUGCAGAUUUUCCUAAAACAAAGAGAUGAAACUUCUUGAGAAUUCUCGCUUUGAAGCUGUAAAUUCUCAGUUAUGUGUGGAAACUGGGGAUGCACACAUCAUCGGCAGGUUAGCAGACGUUUCUCUGCAGUAUGUGAGCCUGCGUGCUAUGUGUCUUGGUGAAUGCAGACACAAUAUAAAGGUCAUUAGAUGGAUGUGUGGUAAUGAACUGUGUGUAAGAAGUAUUGAAGGUAGGUGGUGGAUCCAGGAAAUGUACCUAUUGAUUGUCUUUCCAGGAUAGAAAGUUACUCGUGUAAGAUGGCUGGUGAUGAUAAGCACAUGUUUAAGCAGUUUUGCCAGGAAGGCCAACCGCAUGUGCUUGAAGCAUUGUCACCUCCCCAGACCGGUGGGGUGAGUCCUGGCAGGUAAGUUCUUCAUAUAACCCCUAGAAUAAGGUGAACUUUGGGUUAGACCAACUUGUGCCCAAAAGUUUGGCUAUACGCUGGCAUGGAGAAUGGUGUUUAGUGGCAAGUGCAACGUCCACUUAUUAUUAGUGAUGUCCUGAACGGUUCGCCGCGGACUCAUCAUUGAGUAAACUUUGACCCUGUACCUCACAGUCAGCAGACACAUUCCAGCCAAUCAGCAGCAGACCCUUCCUCCCAGACCCUCCCACCUCCUGGACAGCUCACGAAGAAUGCAGCUUCACAAUGGAUGCUGUCCAGGAGGUGGGAGGGUCUGCUGCUGAUUGGCUGGAAUGUGUCUGCUGACUGUGAGGUACAGGGUCAAAGUUUACUCAAUGAUGAGUCCGUGGCGAACCGUUCUGGACAUCACUACUUAUUAUGCUUAUUUUAUGGGUUAUCAAGUCAGGGCAGUGCACACACUCAGACUGGCUUUGUUAAUGGUCUUAAAAGAAAAUUAGGGUAUGGCCGUAAUCUGCAGCUCUUGGUUGGCUUGGACUUCGAAUUGAUUUACUGAGUUCAUUGAUCGAAAGCAUUGGUCCACCCCCUUAAUAUGCCCUGAGCCAGUUACUGUCCGGCUGCUCCCUCUGGUUUUUUAUAUGGAUUAAAGGAUUUUCUGAAGGUCUGGCAUUUUCACAUAAAUAACUGACCACAAUCUGCUAACUCUUAAAUGUAAAAUGUUUAAAAACGAAAUAAAACGAGCUGCCCUGAAACUAAGAAAACUAAACUCCAAUCUGAACUCCAAUCUUUACACUUCUGUUACAAAACUGCAAUGAACCCCAGGCCAUUCCUGGGCAAGCCAGCACUACAGUCACGCCAGGUGUGUUUAUUCUGAUGGGGUCUGGGGUAACCUUUUCUUUCUUCCUUAGGCUUGGAAAGAGCCACGGUGGCGAUGAGGAUGGGCCUCUGAGCGAUAAAUGCAGCCGGAAAACUUUGUUUUACCUGAUCGCUACCCUGAAUGAAUCUUUCCGACCGGACUAUGACUUCAGUACAGCUCGAAGCCAUGAAUUCAGCAGGGAACCCAGCCUUAACUGGGUAAGUGUGUGCAAUCCCAGAGAUAUAACAUUCAUGAUGGGUGUUUGCUCUUAUAUGACUAGAUUAAUGAUGAUCCAAAUUCAGUUACCACAGAUUGUUUUGAAGUUAUAGCAGGUGGUAAAUGAAGAAAUGCAAAGCUCCGUUCAUGUAUUCCUGACCUUAUAGUGUUAAAACAGUCCCAAAACAAUAUUCUCUAAAGUCCCAAAUUUUCAUGCAGUAGUUUUGGUAGAGGCUUUGUUACUUGGCAGCAUGUAAAAAAGAGAGCAAUAUUGCAAUAUGCCAGUACGUUUGAGGUGCACCAAGUAUAGAAGAUCACAAACGGCAACUCGCGUGUAGUGGAGCUUAAAUGAGCUCCAGAUAAAACGGCAUAUGGAGGUAUAAAUCCCCACUUAUAGGAUCUCUACUUGAUGUUGUCUCACAGUAGGAUGGUAAUAUGAUACACCACUUAAGAGGAAAAAGGACAAUCGUGUUCUCUGUAUUUUUUAAGUGUAAAGAAAAAGGUUGAAAACUUACUCACAUUUUUGAGAGCAGACACAACUGCUCUGUGUAUUUUUUUUGUAGAUUCUUUAAUGGGUGUCUGUGUGGCAAACCUAGCCACUUUAAGACUUAUUGCAUAACAUCGGAAGAUUGUGUAUAGGAAUGUAUGUGUAUGUUGAAAUAAAGAGCAUUCGUAUGCUAAUGGCCGAAAGCCGCUAGCAUUCAUAUGUUAGUUUCACGAACAGUGACUUUAAACACUGUUCGUGAAACGAAUAAGGUACCGAACGGGAGCCCACACGCAGAGGGUCGUGUGGCGCCCAUUAACCGAUUGCAACAUUGUUGCAAUCGGUAGUUAAUUGCUUUCCUAGGUGGCAGUCGUUCGGCUACUGACCACGCGGCGGUCGUCCAUCUUGGAUCCUUUGUUAGCCCAGCGGUAUUUGGUCGUCGAGCACCUGGAACUAAAAUCGUCUACUCAACGGCGCAAACACCGCUGGACUUCCAGGCCGUUCGGGUGCCCCGGUCUUUCGGUAUUUGGGUUCCCAAUAGGUAUUCGGUACUUUUAGGGGAAUUUGAUAUAAAAUUAUGUUUCUUGCGGCGUACGGUUAUUUAUGCUGGGAUCUGAGCGGUACUUUCACGAAGUGUGUGCUCAGACCCCUGUUAUCGACCGGUUAUUUAAGGAAACCCCUUGCAUGGGGAAUCGCAUAAAUACUGGAAAUGUGAAUAAAUGUGUCAGGUGACUCCCAGAACUGUGUUUCGUACGGUUACUGGGGGAUUUGGGAUAUUGCCUUCUUUUCCAGCGCUUUACUUUGGAUUACUUUCUAUACCAGCGGAGAUCUUGGGAUUUAAUAUUGCAGCUCCGCUACAGUCUGCCAAUAUCACCAAGGUAAAAAGACUAAAAAGUAUGUGGCAAAAGCUCUGGGACUUUAUAAAGUGGACAGAAACAUAUACCUGGCACUCAGACAUAUUUGUAUCAUUAAAGACACUAAUUUCCAAUUUUGGGGGGAAACUUACAGUGUGUCAGUGAAUAACACAUAAGUGAGACAAUAAAAUACUUAAAGGACCACUCUAGGCACCCAGACCACUUCAGCUUAAUGAAGUGGUCUGGGUGCCUGGUCCAGCUAGGGUUAACCCAUUUUUUUUAUAAACAUAGCAGGUUUAUAAACGGGUUAAUCCAGCCUCUAAAGCCUCUAGUGGCUGUCUCAUUGACAGCCGCUAGAGGCGUUUGCGUGCUUCUCACUGUGAAAAUCAGUGAGAAGACGCAAGCGUCCAUAGGAAAGCAUUAUGAAUGCUUUCCUAUGAGACUGGCUGAAUGCGCGCGCAGCUCCUGCCGUGCAUGCGCAUUCAGCCGAAGAGGAGGAGAGCUCCCCGCCCGGCGCUGGAGAAAGGUGAGUAUUUAACCCCUUCCUCUCCCCAGAGCCUGGCGGGAGGGGGUCCCUGAGGGUGGGGGCAUCCUCAGGGCACUAUAGUGCCAGGAAAACGAGUAUGUUUUCCUGGCACUAUAGUGGUCCUUUAAGAGGAUUCUAUAAUAGAGAGGAACCUACUACUUCUUUAAAAAUAUAAAUCCUAUUAAGUUAAACCAAGACUAGAAUGAAAAUAAAGGGGUGGACGGGUAAUUGUGAAGUGCCACGCUCGAUGGCUAGUCAUGUUGGGAAGUGUAGUUCAUUGUAAAGAGUGGGAGGUCCCUCGUACAGCGUAAUGCAAGUUCUGCGUCACGUAAUGCGGUAGAAGGAUAUCGGAAGUGUAAUGUAGUAGGAGAUGGGCGGAGCACAAGAAACAGGAGCAGCAAUGAGGUGUUAAAUAGGAGCCGAGCUAAAGAGUGUCUGACUCAAUGAUUUUAUUACUUGUAAUUGUUUUUUGAAAAACAGUAUUUGUUUGGCUACCUCAAUUUUGAGUUGUUGCCACAUACUUUCUACCUUUUUAUUUGGCUCCAACCUGGCAUCCUCUUUCUAUCAUUGGUAAUAUUGGCAGACACCUAUUGAAGAAUCCAUGGUGGAGAUUAUACCACCUACACCCAAUACACAGAGCAGUUGUGUCUGCUCUCCAAAAUAUGAGUAAGUUUUCAACAUUUUUCUUUACACUUCUGUUACAAAAUGCCUUUUGUAACUGUCUCUUUAAGUGACAAAUUGCACUACUUUCCUGUAUUAUAGAGAAGCCUUAUUGCCAGCCUUCUUCCUCAUGACUAUGGCCCUGGUGUGUAUGGCCCUUUAAAAAGUCUGUGAGCAUAUUGGGGCUUAUGGACUUUUAUGGGACUGGUGCCCCAUUUUUGGGACAUAGGGAAAAUUGUGACAAUGCCCCUCUAAGACGGUGUCCCCAGAUUUGUUUGGGUCACUGCCCCUUUAAGCCUGUGUCCCCAGACUUGGUUAAAAUCCUUUGUUCAUGGCUAUUUUCCACUUGGUUCAGUAAAUGGGGCUUACUGAACCAAGUACCACACAGGUGGACCACCCAGAAGUGGAAGCGUGCGGCUAAUUUACCUCCCAGGCUGGGAGCCUGCUGUUGGUAAAUUGCCGACCGCUGGAUGGCCGCCGUUCGUACAAACGAACACGUGGCGGCGGCCAUCUUUGUUCAUUCGCACGCGGUCAGCGGUGUGUGUUGCCAAAUCCAUGAAACUGAAAAUGGCUACACAUUUCAACGAACACCGCUGACCCUUACCUUCUCCUACACUCAGUUUUCAGCUACAGGGACUAAGUCCCGUUCGGCAGUUUGAACUCACUGCUAUACUGAGCCAAUUGCACGAACGGCCCCGUUCAUGCAUUCGAAUUGGACUUAGUCAUUUAUCUGCCUGAAAUAGACCGACCACACAGCCCAAAUCUAUGGAACUGUUGUGGGCAGGAAAAUGUGCUUGCGGUCGGUCAUAAAGGACUUCCGACUACCUUUUUUUUCUACUGGAGAUUUGUAUGUUUUUUGAGAGUGUUUGUUUAUGUUUAAAGUAUGCUGAUAAAUACUAUGGAGAUUGGAUGUGUAGUUUCAAAGUUACAGUGUAUGUAUAAAAAGUAUAUUUUGCCUGCCUGUGAUAAUUACAUUAUCCCAUUGUGUACAGUAAUUAUAUCACAGGCAGAGGGGAGGAUUUUGUGAGAAUGAAUGGGAGUGUUUUACUGUAAUGUACAUAUUUAAUUGUUCUACAAAACCCUGUGGGCGGUACUGUAUGUGUAAAACCUGCAUAAAAGCCAUUUGUGGCUGAUUUAAAAGAGAACUACUUGACCCUCUUACUCGCAGCCUCGACUCAUGUUUGUAGGAGACGGCUAUAAUCACUACAGGGAUUGCUAUGCUCUGCAUACUCCCUCAGCUACUGAGCUCUUGUAAGAGCUCUUGUUCCUGAUCCUGCUUCGCUCUACAGAAGGAAGAGGAUCACCUACUGGAACCUGGAGCCUGGUCAAAGGUCCAGGGUGGAUAGCAGACGGCGAGAUCCCAGCCCAGCAGCGGCGGUUCGUGGAGCCUGCAGUGCUUAUAGUGUCUACGGUGCUGAUGGUCCUUUGGUGAGCGCUAGGAGCAUCCUUUCUACGGUCCAACUUUCAGCUAGCCUGGAGGCAACCAUAACAUUUGGUGGCAGCGGUGCGAUGGCAUCCUAGCGCAAGGAGCAGCACCCUGGAAAACACUGACUGGUAUCGUAUGAAAGAGUAUUGAGGGCAACACUAGCCUGUGCGCAGCGUCCCUACCUACAGCAGCAUGGAGCCAUCAAGACCCUGGACAGCAGCCAGUGAAUUUCAACUCAGCCUGAUACAGUGCUAUGAGGGCGCUGAUUUCAUGAAGGUAGUAAAGGAGCGGCUGGGCUGGGCUGGUCUGGUAUGGCCCAGACCCUUCGAACGAGCAGGUCCACCAAGUAAUGCGCCAGUUGAGGGCUGAUAACCAAGCAGCACAUGACUUUGAGUGCCAACUGUGGAGUUUGAGGAUAUGGACACCCGGUUUGUUUUUCCAGCAGCAGACUGAGUUACAGGGAGAGGAGAGCAUCGACCUCUCUCCCCAGCAGCAGCCUGAGUUACAGGGAGAGGAGAGCAGCGACCUCCCUCCCCAGCGGCAGUGCUCCGUGCAGAGAGAAGAGACAACCGGUCUCCUUCCCCAACCACAAUCAGAGGUAUCCAAGGUAGCCGACCUCAUAGCCUGGUCCUGGAAGGACCCCCAGCAGGCAGGUGACCCAGAUCCCCAGCGGCAGACCCAGUUACAGGGAGAGGAGAGCAUCGUCCUCUCUCCCCAGUGGCAGGGUGAGUGUCAGGGAGAGGAGACAACCAGUCACCCUCCCCCGCAGCAGUAUGUUCCACAGGGAGCGGAGAGCAUCGACCUCCCUCCCCAGCAGCAUUGUGCCUUCCUGGGAGAGGAGACAACUGGUCUCUCUCCCCAGCAGCAGCAUGUUCCACAGGGAGUGGAGAGCAUCGAUCUCCCUCCCCAGCGACACCAGGAGUAUCGAGGAGGUAAGCCAAUUCUCCUCUCCCCAGCUUACUCCUAACUUGGCCCCAGGAUUAACAGAGGCGCGGUUAACCCCCACUGACCCCCAAGUUCCCCUUGCUACCGGGCAGGUCUAUGCUCAAGUCCCCCCAGCAGAAGAGCUGGCAGCUGGGCAGAGUGCAGUUGGCCUCUGCCCUCCCUUUGUCCCUUGUCCAGAGUCUGACAUCCUGCAGGCUAUACCAGUAGAAGAGCUGGCAUCAGGGCAGAGGGCCGCUGACCUCUGCCCCCGAGUACUCCCAGCUAUUUGCCCAGCUGUACCAGGAAGGGCGAGGGUGCUGCAUUUUCACCCUACAACCUGGGACCUACAGGCCAGUACUAUUUAUUGUGGGGGGAGGCUACUCUGCCAAUGUUUAUUUGUGGGUGGGUUGCGAGACUAACUUAGGCACUGACUGACAGAAGGUCAGCUGCCUAGUUAGUCUCCCUCCAAAAGGGGAGAUAUGUUACAAAAUGCCUUUUGUAACUGUCUCUUUAAGUGACAAAUUGCCCUACUUCCCUGUAUUAUGGAGAAGCCUUAUUGCCAGCCUCCUUCCUCAUGACUAUGGCCUUGGUGUGUAUGGCCCUUUAAAAAGUCUGUGAGCAUAUUGGGGCUUAUGGACUUUUAUGGGACUGGUGCUGGCCCUUUUAAGCACAUUUUUGGGACAUAGGGAAAAUUGGGACAAUGUCCAUUUAAGACUCCCCAGACUUGUUUGGGACACUGCCCCUUUAAGCCUGUGUCCCCAGACUUGGUUAAAAUCCUUUGUUCAUAGCUGACCCUUACCUUCUCCUACACUCAGUUUUCAGCUGCAGAGACUAAGUCCCGUUCGGCAGUUUGAACUCACUGCUAUACUGAGCCAAUUGCAUGAACGGACCCCUUCGUGCAUUCGAAUGGGACUUAGUCAUUUUUCUGCCUGAAAUAGACCGACUUCACAGCCCAAAACAAUGGAACUGUUUUGGGCAUUAAAAUGUGCUCGCGGUCGGUCAUAAAGGACUUCCGGCUAACUUUUGAACUACUGGAGGGAUUUGUAUGAUUUAUGUUUAAAGUAUGCUGAUUAAUAAUAUGGAGAUUGGAUGUGUAGUUUUAAAGUUACAGUGUAUGUAUAAAAAGUAUAUUUUUCCUGCCUGUGAUAAUUACAUUAACCCAUUGUGUACAGUAAUUAUAUCACAGGCAGAGGGGAGGAUUUUGUGGGAAUGAAUGGGAGUGUUUUACUGUUAUGUACAUAUUUUAUUGGUUGUUCUACAAAACCCUGUGGGUUGUACUGUAUGUGUAAAACCUGCAUAAAAUAAAUCCCUUUGUAGGAGACAGCUAUAAUCAUUACAGGGAUUGCUAUGCUCUACAUACUCCCUUAUCUACUGAGCUCUUGUAAGAGCUCUUGUUCCUGAUCCUGCUUCACUCUACAGAAGGAAGAGUAUCACCUACUGGAACCUGGAGCCCGGUCAUAGGUCCAGGGUGGAUAGCAGACGGCGAGAUCCCAGCCCAGCAGCGGCGGUUCGUGGAGUCUGCAGAGUUGAUGGUCCCUUGGUGAGCGCUAGGAGCAUCCUUUCUACGGUCCAACUUUCAUCUAGCCUGGAGGCAACCAUAACCACUUCUAAAAUACAAAGAACACUAUUGUCCUUUUUCCUCUUAUGUGGUGUAUCAUAUUACCAUCGUAAUGUGAAACAACUUCAAGUAGAGAUCCUAUAAGUGGGGAUGUAUUCCACUGUGGCGAAACCAACCUCUCCACUUGGCAUUGGAGAAGCCUGUUUGCCUGCCUCCUGUCUGCUGACUAUGGCCCCUGGGAGAUUUGGCCCUUUUAAUACAGUAUUUGGGCAUAUUGUAUUUUAUUGUGCUGCUGCUGGCCCUUUAAGAACCAUCUGGGGACAUACUGUGACUUUUGGGAACAAUGCCCCUUUAAGACUAUGGCCCUUGGAAGAUAUUGCCUGUUAAAGACUAUUUUAGCGGAUUGUAUUUUAAAAGACUUGCUGUCCCUUUAAAUUGUAUUGGAGCAGUUCUGCAGCUUGAAAUUGGCACUUCGGAUGCAGCCGAAGUAGUCGAAGUGGCCGCUAUUCGACAAACGAACAUGUGGCGGCCAUCUUUAAUUCAGCUGAAGUUUUACCUUCUCCAGACUUCAAUGCAUUCGACAGUUCGAACGCCAUUCGACAGUUCGAACGGUUGUCGUUCUUCUGUUUGAACUGACUUUAACAUGGGAAAUAGACCGACCGCACAGCCUGAUUCUCUGGAACUGUUUUGGGCAUGAAAAUGUGCUUGUGGUCGGUCAAACUUGACUUAUAUCUAUCUCCCGAACGGUUGAACAGAUUCAAAUGAUUUUGGGGUAUGUUUAUAUUUGAAAUGUGCUGAUUAAUAAUAUGUUUUUAUGAAGAUUGGAUGUAUAUUUUUAAAAGUUAUAGUACUUAUAUAAAAACUGUAUUUUUCCUGCUUGUGAUAUUUAUGUUAACCCAUUGUGUACCAUAAUUAUAUAACCGGCAGAGGGGAGGAUUUUGUGUAUAAUUGCUGGGAGUGUUUUCUGUAUUUUACGUGUGUUAUUGGUUGUUCUGUAAAACCCUGUGGGCAGUACUAAGUUUGUGGAUUGUGAAUAAAAGAGGCUGUAUGCGCCAGUACAGUCAGUUCUACUUGACCUCAAAACAAAGUGUUGUCUUGUUAUUGGGGGAAUUUGAUUGUAUGCUGAUUGCCAGGAGUGUAAGCUGAUUGUAUGCUUUUCCUGUUCAGCUGCUUACAGCAUUCAUAUGCUUGAGAGCAUUCGCAUGCUUCUCUGGUUCAGUGGUUGUGGUGUCUGCUGCAGUGCUUGGAGUCCUCAGGAAGCACUAGGAGCAUCCUUCAACGGAGGUACCCAGUUGGGGUGCCAGGUGAUCCGUAACAACCACCGUAUGCCGUUUUAUCUGGAGCUCAUUUAAGCUCCACUACACGUGAGUUGCCAUUUGUGAUCUUCUAUUCUGUGUGCACCUCACUGUACUGGCAUAUUGCAAUAUUGCUCUCUUUCUUGUUCUCUUUUUUUUACAUGCUGCCAAGUAACAAAGCCUCUACCAAAACCACUGCAUGAAAAUUUGGAACUUUAGAGAAUAUUGUUUUGGGACUGUUUUAACACUAUAAGGUCAGGAAUACAUGUUUGUAUUCUCUCUCCGCGUUCUCUCUUCCUGAUUCUCCUCUCUCUCUGUGUUCUCUAUUUCCAGGUGGCUAACGCAGUGAAUAGCAGCUUAGUCUCUGCUCUAGGUGAACACUUUACCUCCUUAAAGUCCAGUCUCUGGGAUGCUGUGGAUGAAGAGAUUAACCUUUUAGAGUGUGACAUUUACAGGUGAUGUAAAUGCUUGGUAUGUGUAGUUUGUCUUUAUCUCCUGGAGAGGGAGCCUGUGAGUGUUGCGUGCACAUUGAGAUCUAAAUGGUUUCAUGAGAUAUCCGUUUAUUUGGUUUCUGGAUAGGUCUGCGGAAAGAAACUGGUUACCCGACUGCUCACAUUGGCCAUAGCGCACUAAAGCAAGCUGUGACUAUUGACUGCAUGUUUACGUUUUAUAUCCUGAACUUGAUAGGAUCAUAGUCUGGUAUAGAGUCACUCAUAUAUUCUGUUCAUACAGUCCCUGCUCAAAUUCUACAUAGAAAAGACUAGCUGUGUAGAGAUCGUGUAAAAACCGCAAUGAUUUUUACACUAGCUGCGGAGUGUAUCUACAUUGUGCUGUAGUCUCCUCCGUGAAACCAUUGUGUGAGUGCUGAUUACAUUAUCCAUCAAGCCGUAUGCUUCAAGGAGUGCUAUAUCGUUACUCUACCUAUUUAGGCUUCAAACAAGCAUGUCCAACUCAAAGGCUAACACAGCCAAAUAAACAAGGCUUAAGUUUGUGGGCCGCAAAAAGCUAACACAAUCUCAAAUUAAUUGUAUAAUUCUCAUGCAAACAAUAUGGAAUCCUGGAUACAUAUUUAUAAUUCUAUAUCAGUAGUAAUGCCACCAUCUGAAAUGUCCGCUCCACUCGCUCCCUCAGCCUCUCUGCAAUCUCCAGGCAGAGUAAGGUAUGGCUGCACACUCCGCUAGCUUCUACCACCUUCUAUCCAUGUCUCUCCCCCCUUCCAUCCGUGUCUCUCUGCCCCCCUUCCAUCCGUGUCUCUUCUCUCCCUCCCCCCUUCCGUCCGUGUCUCUCUCCCUCCCCCCUUCCGUCCGUGUCUCUCUCCCUCCCCCCUUCCGUCCGUGUCUCUCUCUCUCCCCGCGCUCUUCCGUCCGUGUCUCUCUCUCCCCCCGCGCUCUUCCGUCCGUGAAAAAUUAUUUGUCUACAACUCCAAACAAUCAGUGUUAUGUACGAAGGUGAUAAUAGUCAGAAAUGUUCCCAGUUACUGUCACCAUAAUCAAUAGCGGUGAAUGUCUUUUCACGUUUAUUCCAUUCCUGUUGUGUGCCAGGGCUCUGCUCCUCUGAUUGACUCUUAUGUCUCUGUACAGCUACAAUCCAGACCUUGAUUCUGAUCCUUUUGGAGAAGAUGGCAGUUUGUGGUCUUUCAAUUAUUUCUUCUACAACAAGAAACUGAAGAGAAUAGUUUUUUUCACUUGCCGUUCCAUCAGGUGAGUGAGUAAUAUAGGUAAAAAUGUCCAUACAAUAUGCCUGCUUUAUUCCCAAUCACUUUACAUCCCGUUUAUGGAGGGAAUUUAAUCUGGAACGUAGAACGUAGUACUCCAUUGAUGGAAACAAAUAUAUCUGCAGAGACUGUUCGUAACCAACAUUGCAAAUUAAAGUCAUUUAAAACCUUUUCGUUGGAGGUUGCAUGUCACAACUCCAGGGGUGAAAAUAUAAUCAUUUAGUUAUUGGCGUAAAGAUUUAAAGGUACACUACAGCUACCAAAAUAACUUUAGUUUAAUGAAGCAGUUUUUGUGUAUAGAUCAUACCCCUGCAGUCUCACUGCUCAAUUCUCUGCCAUUUAGGAGUUACAUCACUUUGUUUAUGCAGCCCUAGUCACUCCUCACUGCAUGUGACUAACACAGCCUUCCUAAAUACUUCCUGUAAAGAGUCAUCUAAUGUUUAAACUUCCUUUUAUUGAAAAUUAUAUUUAAUUACACACAGACGGCUCCUGCAAGGUCCAGCAAGCUAUUAACAGAGCAGGAGAUAAAUUCUAAAUUAAAGUUCAGUUUACAGAGCAGGAGAUAAGAACUUUUAAAUUAAGUUACAUCUGAUUGAAAUUAAACUUUUUUUUUAUUUUUUUUUUAUGCAGGCUGUGUCAGUUACUGCCAGGGAAGGUGUGGCAAGGGCUGCAUGAACAGAAUUAAAAAAUUGAUUUACCUUUGUAGUAUUUGGUACUGGUUUGUUCACAUUUAAAAUGUGUGGGUUUUUUUGGGGUAAAAAAAACAUUGAUUUAACUCCUAAAUAGCAGUAAGCUGAGAAGUGAAACUUCAGAGGCAUGAUCUAUGCACAAAAACUGCUUUAUUAAGCUAAGGUUGUUUAGAUGACUAUAGUUCACCUCCUGGCAUUGUUCACCCCAACCCCUGUCGUUCUCUCCUCUAGCCUUGGCAUUGACUUCCUGUCCACUUUCUUUGGCGCUACUACCUGUCUCUGGCAAUUAUUUCCUGCCCCCUCUCCCAGGCAGCUAGUUCCUGCCCCCUUUCUUUGGCCCUCUGGCAAUCUCUCUGAUAAUGAGUAGCCUUCUUCCCUGUCCCCAUCUGUCUGGUGUUUCUCUUUAUGUCACUGACUGUCUUGCUCUCUCAGGGGUUAUUCACGAGCGGAUGCUGGAGCUGAGUUUGAUAUGGACCUGGAAGAGGAGAUGGAAGACGAUGAAGCGAACAGCGUGGGAGGUGACAGGUUGGUGAUUGCCGUAAUGUCCAACGAUGUUCUGGAAUCACUGGCGCAGUCCGUGUGCAGCUGCUCUGUGAAAGAGAACUUUAUGUAAAGGAACUCUCCAACUUUAAAAGUGAAUGUAUGGAAUAUUCCAUGUAUGGUGUAGAUUUAGGGCUCCUCUUUUCCAGCAGCAAGACUCUCUCCAUGCUGCAGCUCUACCGCUGUGAGAUCUCAUAGAGGAACAUGGAGGGUCCUAUGGCUUCUCACAGAGGAGCAGUGAAUCCAACUCUUCUAUGGGACAUGGCUCAAAGCCAGUGAGCAGGAGACAGUCUCAGGGGGGCUAGAUGCUGGUUUUAACACUAUAGGGUCAAGAAUAUGUUUGUGUUCCUGAUCCUAUAGUGUUCCUUAAAUGGAUCAGUUUUGGUGUAUAGAACAUGCCUCUGCAGUCUCACUGCUCAAUUAUCUGCCAGUUAGAAGUUAAAUCACUUUUUUUAUGCAACUCUAGUCACACCUCCCUGCAUGUGACGUACACAGUCUUCCUAAACACUUCCUGUAAAGAGUCAUCUAAUGUUUACACUUCCUUUAUUGCACAGUCUGUUUAAUUUAGAAUUUCUAAUCUCCUGCUCUGUUAAUAGCCUUCUACAGCCUGCAGGAGCAUCCAGUGUGUGAUUUAAAGUUCAAGUUACAGAGCAGGAGAGGAGAUAAAGCAAGUUAACAUCUGACUGAAAAUGAAACCUUUUUUUCAUGCAGACUAUUAGUCACAGGGCAGAAUAAACAAAGUGAUUUAACUCCCAAAUGGCAGUGCAUUGAGAAUUGAGCAGUGAGCCUGCAGGUGCAUGAUCUAUACACCAAAGCUGCUUCUUUAAGCCAACGUUUUCAUACAUAUAAGAUCCCUUUUAGUAGAGUGCUUUACAAAACAUAGCAGCUAGUGAUAAGGUUGUGGGUGGUAGAGAAUGAGUCAUGUCAUUUCUACACUGAUUGACACUUGCCUGGGACCCUUGCUGUCUCUGGUGUAUCCCCUCAUCACAGAUAUCACUAGAACAUUGGCAAGCAGUCCUCUCCUAUCAACUGCUAACUGCAGGCUGGCCUCCAAACAGUGCAAAAUUGGUCCUGUGCUGGGGUAUGCAGACUGGGGGAAAAAAAAGAAAUGCUGAGAUGUGUCCACAUACCUUUAUUUUGUCAAAGAAAUGUCAAUAUUGUUAUUUAACCUUUUCUUUAUGCCUCUUUAUUGCAGGCCUCAGCUGACGUGCGCGUAAUGUGAUUGACCACCCUCAGCUUUCCGUCUGAGUGAAGUUCUGCUUCCUAUCAAGUAUCCAUUGUACAUGGGCCAGACUUUUUAUGCUGUCAUUUCUGUUCUCCACACGCAAUGCAGAUUUCAGAAUCUGUUCUUCAGGCUCUUUAUUGAAUAUGGCUUAUGCCCUUCCCCAGUCCUCCCUCGCCGUUCUUCCUUAAUGACGCUCCCAGCGGCCUCACCGUUCUACCUUAACGAUGCUCCCUGCGGCCUCGCUAUUUUUUCUGGCGACGCUCCUUGCGGCCUCCCUUUUUUUCUUAACGACGCUUCCCGUGACCUUACUCCUUUUUCUGCCAACGCGCCCUUGCUGCUUUUUCUGGCGACGCUCCCUGCGCCCUCACUGUUUUUUUGUUUUUUCCUAACUGAACAAUAUUUUUGCUUUCUACCAAUCCUAUGAGAAGACUGCUGUGUGAAACCUGAACUGUGAAAUAUUCCUUGUUGAUCUCUCUCAUCCUGAAAUCUCAUCUCAGGAAUCUAAAAAGACAACUAUUGGGCAGCCAGUAGGCUCUGGGCCACAUGUGCUGAUAUUGAGUGUCUAGCGUCUGACAUCCCAUUCAUACCAACAUGCGGGCGAUAUAUUGAACACCAUACUUCCAUUUCAAUCAUCAGCAAAGUCUAAUCAGGGUGGAUAACACCUACUGUUUUCCCUGAUCGAAAACAUGGGCAGAGAAUUCUGAUUGUUUUUAUUUUAUUUUCUAAAUGCAGAAGCGUGCUAGCCACUAAAUCCAUAAAAGUCGUGUGUUGCUGGCAUUUGUACCAUCUAGUGACAAUGGGAGUUUUUUGGGAAUAUUACAAUUUCAGUCCCUGCUUGUAUAAGGGUUUGUUAUCAAAGACUUGUGUCAGAUCUUGUGGUAUCAGCCUAGGCAUAAUAUAUAAUUUCAAAUCUCCUGGUACUGAUCUAAAUAUGUGUAGUGUGUGUGUGUGUGUGUGGGGCAGGGAUCUCCCGAUAAGACACUGACUAUAAUGUGCGGCCAGCCUGGGUAUAAUGUGUGGCAUGAAUCUUUCAUUAUCAGCCUGAGCAGAAUGGUUUUGGCCUACUCUUUCCUUGGGCUGUGUAUAUAUCGGCCUGUGCACUGAUGUACAAAUAGGGUGUGUUUAUGUAUAUAGUGAGGCUUUGGCUGCACUCUGUAUACAGAGGAGUGCGUCUAAAUGUCUGGUUUUUUUGUGUGCAGUAAUACAGCAGUAGGAGACUGUCAUAUUAGAAUUUGGGAGAUGGUGGGGUUUCUAAUAAAUAGAAUGACUCCGAAGCUGGCAUCCAGUUUGCUGGUUAGGAAGCCAAGCACACCUUGGUUCCUAUCUCCAUUGUCUGGAUUAGCCUUCGCUGUGCCCAUUUGGGAUUCAUUUUAUUAUCAGCACAGAUUUUUUAUUUGGGGUCUUUAAUAAAGUUAUUUCUGGUUCUCAUUUAAUGUUAUAGCGAGAGGCCUUCUUCAGCAAAUUAUGGAGCCUAAAUAAAAUCUCGUUUCUGAACAGUUUACAUUGAUAAUCCUGUCAGUCGAUGGACAGCACUUAAUGAGCAGUUGGUGUAAAGAGGCAGAGUGCAUCACUGAUGUAUCAGCUAAUAGAGUUUAUAGGCUAUUCCUCCAUAAUGUAACUCCAUGGUCCUUCUCUGGGCUUUGCUAUACAAAUGAUUUCACAUUGGUUAUUAAAGCCAUGUUUCUCCGGAUGAAUAAGAAGCAGAUUAUCGGCACCUUUUCCACUGCUGCAGACUUUUUACGGACUGCUGUAUUGACUGCGUCAGAUCUUGUUUUUAAUUGUGAAAUUGUAAGUUUCUUCAUUAUUAAAGAUUGUUUAUAAUAUCA